AUGCAGGUGCUCAAGCCAACCAGCGAGAGAGAGAAAGCGGCCAACGACAUUGGCCAGGCGGAAGCUCUCGGCGACGAUGUCCUCCAGCCCAAGGAUGCCGUCCUCGAUGCCGCGACCAAAGGCCAGGCCUUGACCGGAUACGAGACUUUGACUCCGUGGGAGACGUUCAAGAUAUUCAAGUGGUGUACCUUUUACGCCUUUGUCGCUGCCUUUGCUGCUGGGGCAGACGGCUACCAGAUCGGAAUGAACGCAGGUAUCCUGGCCAACCCGGGGUUUGUCGAACAGUUUGCCACCAAGAUCAAUGCAGAAGGCAAAGCCGUCCUUGAUUCCAACAUCAUUGCCGGCUGGGGAAGCGUCCUGCCAGCUGGCCAAUUCCUCACCCAGGUUUCGCUCCCUUUCCUGGCCGCUCCCUACGGACGAAAGCUAUCCCUCUACACAUGCUGGACCCUCCUAGCCGCUAGCAUCUUUGCCGAGUCGUUUGCUCGAAGAUGGGAGCACUGGUUAGUUGCCAAGAUGCUCGCCGGCAUGGGCCUCGGAUGCCUGCAGGUCACUCUCCCAGCGUACAUCUCCGAAAUCGCCCCUACGCGCAUCCGAGGUAUCGUCCUGAUGACCUACAACCUCUGGUGGACCGUGGGUACUUUCUUUGCCUAUGUAGCUAUGGAGGUCAUUUCCGGCUACGACAGCCACAACUGGCUGCUCCCCAUCUACACGCAAUGGGGCCACAUUGGCCUGAUGCUUGUCAUCUUUCUUAUACUACCCGAGUCUGCUGCAUGGGCUGUCUCGGCGGGAAAGAUUGAGACGGCCAGAAAGGCGCUUCGCCAACUCUACAGGGGCGUCGAUAACUAUAACGUCGACCAGCAGAUCGAGGUUCUGGUCUUGCUGGCCGAUCAUGAGACCCAGGUCGCUAUCGCCCAGAACCGCGAGAAGUGGUACGCCGUCUUCCGCGGUACUGAUGGUUUCCGCACAAUUGUUGCGUGCUGGACCAUCGUCUCUCAACAGUUUACCGGUCUGGUCCUCUUCUCUACCUUUGGCGCCUACUUCUUCCAGCAGGCCGGCGUUGGCGAUCCCUUCCAGAUCAAGUGCAUCACUCUCGGCAUUAAGCUCGUGGCUGCGAUAGCUGUCGUUUACUACGCUGACAGCUUUGGAAGACGCUUGAUUAGUUGCUCUGGCAUAACUUCAAUGUGGGGAACCAGUUUCCUGGUCGGUAUCCUGGGAGUUGUUCCCCGAGUUAAGGCCGUCAACUAUGUCUUUAUCUUGAUGGCCGUUAUCUGGAACAUUGGGUUGACCAUGACCGGUGCUACUGGAUGGGGCUUCAUCGGCGAGAUCUCGUCUCAGAGAUUGCGGCCCUACACUUCAGGAGCUGCAGCGGCGCUUAACUGCCUGGUAAAUAUUGCUAUGAACCAGCUGGUACCGCACAUGGUGAAUGCGAGUGAGUGGAACUGGGGUCUAAAAUCGGGCUUCUUCUAUGCUGGCGUUGGUCUUCCUUUUGCCGUUGGAUGUUGGUUCAUCGUUCCCGAGACUGCUCGUCGUUCCGCUGCCGAACUUGAUGAACUCUUCGAGCGAAAGGUUACCCCUCGCCGAUUCCAUAAGACAGAGACUGCUACUCAACGUGUUGUCGCUCUUAACAAUGCUGAGAACUAG